ACAGUUCAUCCUUAAACGCCGUAAACAGAACCAAAAAAGGAGUCCUUCCUAGACGUCACACGGAACAUGUUCUCGAAGUUUGUUGUGUGCUCUUUACUGGCGAUGGUCACCGCGACUCCCCAGGGGUACGGGCCGCCUCCGUCGUACGGUACCCCGUCAGGUCCAGUAGUCCCUAUUCUGAAGGACGAGCGCCAGGGGCCUGACCAGGCCGGCAACUACAAGUUCGACUUCGAGACUAGUGAUGGCAUCAGUCGUCAGGAGCAGGGCGCCCCCCAGGGUCCGACUGGCGCCGUAGCAGCUCAGGGAGCUUGGAAGUUCACUUUCCCUGACGGGACUACUGGAGCCUUUAGAUUCGUAGCCGAUAAUGAGGGCUACCGGCCGGAGUCUCCCCUGCUGCCCACGCCCCCUCCUCUUCCCGCCCAUGCCAUCGCCCAGAUCGAGUUCGCACGCCAGCAGGAAGCCGCCGGCGGUCCCCGACCCCAGUACGGUCCUCCUAAUUCCUCUCCAGGAUACAACUAAACAAUGAUCAACAUUAAUCACGUACUCGUCCGGCCCUCUGACUUGUCUUCACAUAAGUUGUCUGAAACUCUUCAUGGAAGCUGAGCCACCGGAGUUAACAUCAUGUAGUAUGGAGACAUUGACUGGAUAGUCCCCCGACUUUGCAGUGUUGGAAGGAGCCUCCCCGUGUUGUCCCCUCAAUUGUUGUGGCGUCAGUUGCAACAGCACUUUGCUCUCAAUUUCAGUCCAAAUGUAUUAUUGAUUUUAACGUUCAAUCAUUACGUGUUCAAUCGUGAAUGAGCUAAAUGCACCCGUUGAACCAGCAUGUGUCUUUUGCAGAACUCACCAUUUUUUAAAUAAACACAUUAUUUACGGUA